AUCUGUGACUCCCGGAUGUGGAAAGCCUAUGGAAGUGGGGCCCUAGCCCCUUCCUUGGUCGCUUUUGUCCGGAGGUUCCAGACGAUACAGUGAGAUGGCGAGCGCAGCUGCACCUACAGCCGCGGUCCCCACCGUAGUUCCGCCUUUGGAGCAGCUCCGGCGCUUGGCGGUGGAGCUGCGGUUGCUCUUGCCUGGAUUGCGGGUCGGCGAAGCCCGAGAGGCCACCAAGGAGUUUAAUCCUGAGACGUUUUGGAGGAAACUCAAUGAGGCAGCUGUGAACGUGGCAAGGGAAGCCACGACUCUGACAGAAGUCUUCUCUCGAGUUCCACUGCCCUCUCCACAGGAAACCAAGAGGUUCUGUGAACAAGUCCAUGCUGCCAUCAAGGCAAUCACUGCAGUAUACUAUUCACUUCCCAAGGAUCAGGGAAUCACCCUGAGAAAGCUGGUACGGAACGCCACUCUGGACAUCGUAGAUGGAAUGGCUCAACUUGUGGAUGUGCUUUUCAUUACUCCAGGUCAAAGCCCAGAUAACAGUGACCUUAUUUCCUACAACAGUGUCUGGACUGCAUGCCAGCAGGUGCCUCGGAUACCAAAAGAUAACAAAGCUGCAGCCCUUUCAAUGCUGACGAAGAGUGUGGAUCUUGUGAAGGAUGCACAUGAGGAAAUGGAACAGGCCGUGGAAGAAUGUGACCCAUACUGUGGCCUCUUAAAUGACACUGAGGACAACUCUGACAGCCAUGGUGAUGAAGAGGAUGAUAGGUUGGGGUGUCCAAACAAUCGGGACUUAUACUGGUCAGAGGAGGAUCAAGAGCUCAUAAUCCCAUGUCUUGCACUGGUGAGAGCAUCCAAAGCCUGUCUGAAGAAAAUCCGGAUCUCAGUGGCAGAGAAUGGGAAGAAAGAUCAGGUCGCCCAGCUGGAUGACAUUGUGGAUAUUUCUGAUGAGAUCAGCCCUAGUGUGGAUGAUUUGGCUCUGAGUAUAUAUCCACCCAUGUGCCACUUGACUGUGCGAAUCAAUUCUGCGAAACUUGUAUCUGUCUUAAAGAAGGCACUUGAAAUUACUAAAGCAAGUCAUGUGACCCCGCAGCCAGAAGAUAGUUGGAUCCCUUUACUCAUUAAUGCUGUUGAUCAUUGCAUGAACAGAAUCAAGGAACUCACUCAGAAUGAACUUGAAUUGUGAGUUUUCAGGCUCCUUUGUACUCUCCUCUCUCCUUUCCUUACUAUCACAGGUAGCCUCUGAUGUCUGCUUUUAAAAUGAGGCUAGAAUGCUCUCCUGAUCAAAAGGGAGUUCCUGUCCAUGCUUGUCAAGAGACAUUAUUACCAAAGAUUGUUGGUUGGUUAGGCCAGACUGGCAGUUAUUUAUAACUAUAUGAGUAUGAUAUAUUUUUCUGUGCUAGAUUCAAAAGGUAAUUGCAUGAGUUUGUGUUCCUGAAUCACCUUUCAGAGAUUUGUGUAGAAGCUGCCUUAUUCCCUAUUUGCAAUAAAGUGUGUUGUUUCAUUGUUAAACAUGUUGAUAAUCUUAAUAAAAUGGUGACCUGCCAGUAGUUCAGUAAGUAA